AAUAAUUUUAUAUGUGCAUUUUUUCAAAUAAUUACUGCAGUCCUCUACUUUCUGAAGAUCAACAUUUACAAAAAUGACAUCAUUUCUGUUUGCUGUUUUCCUUACAACAAUCUUUUCUGUUUCAUCGGUUUUUUCGCAAAAUAGAAUUAUAGGUGGUGAUGAUAUCGAUGUUUCUGAAGUACCCUGGCAAGUACAGCUUGAAUUUGAUAACUUUGGGCAGUUUUGUGGUGGUUCAAUAAUAGGUGAAAAAUAUAUUAUCACUGCAGCUCACUGCACUAAAAUAUGGAUUGGCAUUGAAAAAUUUAUGUUUGUUCGAGCCGGUACUAAUAUAACAGAAUCUGGAGGUCAAAGAGUCUUUGUGGAACAAAUGUUUAUACAUCCUGACUACAACGAGAAAAAUUUUGACUACGAUUUUGCUAUUUUGGAGUUGCAAGAUUCUUUAGAAUUUGGAGAUGAAGUAUCUCCAGUCUCUCUUCCAUCUUCUGAUACAGAAUGGGAACCUGGUACUUCUGCUUUUGUUUCAGGAUUUGGGGUCAUAGAUGUAGAGAAAGGUACAGAUAGUCCGGUACUAAAAGGUGUUACUGUCAAAAUCACCGAUAAGGAGGAAUGCAAAAAAAGAUACAAGAAUUUUUAUACUGACAGGAAGAUUUGUGCUGGUUUUUCUGAAGGUGGCAAAGAUUCUUGCCAAGGAGAUUCUGGUGGUCCAUUAGUCGUUGGUGAUGUCCUUGCUGGUGUUGUUUCCGGGGGCGAUGGAUGUGGGAAAAAAAAUACUCCCGGACUUUACAUUAAUGUUGCUCUACUUCGCGAUUACAUCAAAGAAAAAACAGGAAUUUAAUAUAGUUAGCUUUACUCAUAGGGGAAAACCAAGGGGCCUAUACCUCUCUUAUUGGCAACGUGGGCUUAUAAUUUUAAAAAAAGUUUUGAUUUUUUUUGUUUAUGUCUAUUAAAGGUUUAAAAAUAUUUGUGUGUAGAUGCAUAGUAUGUUGUUAUAAAUACAACCAUUGUUUUCAU